AUGCAACACAUCCCCAGCAGCCACUUUGUUGGCUCCGUUCCGGCUGUUGUUAGUGAAGAUAAGAAAACCACUAACUCGGAAGUUCCAGGAGCAAACUUGCAAUUAUUUCCUCCCAAUGUUAAUAGUCAGGGAUACCAAACUGUAGGCGCUCCCAGUGUAGAGAAGCAGAUGAAGCAGUCAACAAACAACUGGAAGGGAGCAUUCAGCAUAUAUUCAUACACACUUUCUUUAAUUCUUGGAUAUUAUCUCCCCAUGACAUUGCUCAUUUCUUUACUUGGGAAUUGUCUUGUCUGGAUCUCUACUACAUUGGUUUUUGUGAUUGCCUCACUUGGGAAUUGUGCCACCUACUUAAUGAAUAGCAAAGGCAGCCCAAAUAUCACUUGGACAUUUGAUGUCAACUAUGUAAAUGUGGCAGCAGGCUCCAUUUAUGGAUAUGCGCUCAUUGUUCCGCUGGGAUACUACUUGGGUGCAAUUGUCAGCCUCGUACGUUUUUGGUUCUUGUGGGGAUAUUCCCUUUUCAUUUUCAUCUUGACUUCUUUUCUGUUGCUGAUUCCCCUUGAAUUUCUUCGGUGGAUUGUCAUAUUGAUUACUGGUGCUGCAUCAGCUAGCUUUGAGAGUUUGAACCUCAAGAAUUAUGUACAAACCACUGAUACUAUGAUUGUGGUUGUCUCAGCAUUCGUGCUGCCAAUGGGCUUGUCGAUCUUCAUCAAGAUGUGGUUUUUCCCCUAA